UUGUGAGCAUGCCGCACUGUUUGAACGGCGUCGGAAUCAGUCGAUGCACGCUGUGGCUAAAACCUCGUGAGCACCAACCUGAUCGACUGUCUGUCGAGCACAGAGCAGCGUGUCAGCAUGGACGGCGUGACAAGCACGAGGCGAGACUUGCCAUGGGUAAGAAAGAUGUCGCAGUAGUCGCAGUAAUGCUGUCGGCGGUAGCAAGUCAGCAAGCUGUACGACUAGCGCAGAGGAUGGGAGCCGACUGACCCUCGGCAUGUCUGUCGGAUGCAACGGCCACCGACGCUUGCUUUGCUCGUCACCGCUGCCUCGUCGCGGCCCAAAUAAAUUCAGAGAGAGGGUCGGCUCCGGCGUGUGACAAGACUUGUGUGGCCGUGCAAUGGCAGAUGGGCUCGCAGAUGCAGGCGUGCAAGAGCCGUUUGACCUGAUCAGGCUCAGUCUGAGCGAGAGAGUCUUCAUCAAGCUACGCGGCGACAGAGAGAUCAGAGGGGUACUGCAUGCAUACGACCAGCACAUGAACAUGAUCCUCGGCGAGGUCGAGGAGACUCAGACGAUCGUCGACUUGGACGAAAGCGCGGCUCAGCCGGUCGGCACGCUGCGGCAAGUGAAGAGACAGAUCGAUUGCCUAUUCGUUCGUGGAGACUCUGUCGUCCUCCUUGCCACUCGGCGCUCUCUUCCAGGUCUCUCCCCCGGCGCGGUGAUCUGUACUGCUGCUCCCUCGCCGUUCGGGCGUCACACUCUGCGAAUGCAUGGGCAAUGCCCGCAAUCGAUCGACAGAUGAGACUCCGUGAAGCUUGCUCCCUUCUACCGGCCUGCCUGGCUCGCUAGCCGGGAUGAGCCACUCGGGAUCAAUCGUGCCGUCGAGCAGCCAGGAUCGAUAGUAUACUGCAGUCUGCGCCUGUAUGAGCCUCGCUCGCGGCUCGUGCGUGAAGCACACACGAGCAACGGAAGCGGCAGAGGCACCCUGACACUCUUGCCCGUCUUGAACUGAGCCACAAUCGUCGCUACAGCCUCAUUCGCGCGCUCGUAUUCUGCCGUGCCUUUGGCCGCUUCGAGCAGUCUCGCGAGCUCGGCAAGGUCCUGCGC